AGCAGCGGAGAUUGGGGCGGGGGUCUCUCCUCUAGGCGGUCCUGAGCUCCAGAGGAGCCGCUCACCAAUCAGGAGCCGGAGGUCUGAAGCAGCGUCACCAUGUGACAGCCGGUCCCACAGUUUAAGAGCAGCGUGGCUGCUCCGCGAGCAGCAUACUUCUCCUGUGAUAAGAGAAUUAAGAAACCAUGGCAAGAACCAAGCAGACCGCUCGCAAAUCUACCGGAGGCAAGGCACCAAGGAAGCAGUUGGCUACCAAGGCUGCCCGAAAGAGCGCCCCGGCCACCGGCGGCGUGAAGAAGCCUCACCGUUAUAGGCCUGGUACUGUGGCCCUGAGAGAGAUCCGUCGUUAUCAGAAAUCCACCGAGCUGCUGAUCCGCAAGCUGCCUUUCCAGCGCCUGGUCAGAGAGAUCGCUCAGGAUUUCAAGACCGACUUGCGCUUCCAGAGCUCCGCUGUCAUGGCUCUCCAGGAGGCCAGCGAGGCUUACCUGGUCGGCCUGUUUGAGGACACCAAUCUGUGCGCCAUCCACGCCAAAAGAGUCACCAUCAUGCCCAAAGACAUCCAGCUGGCCCGCCGCAUCCGCGGAGAGAGAGCUUAAACUGUCUUCUGCUCCACAAACCGCAACGGCUCUUUUAAGAGCCA